AUGCCUCUCCAAGACAGAAAGUCUAGAGGACCGAACAGAUCACAUCAGAAAACUAAAGACAAGGAGCUUCUUGAUCUCAAGAGGCUUUUAUCAAUGAUCACAGCUCCAAUAUCCAAACAGGCUUCAUCUCUGAGUCAAUCGAAAGGACACAAGUCUCAAACCUCCACAACUCUUCCUGAGCACCGGAAAAAUGGCACAAACACUGAAGCCUCUGAGCUGGAAAACUUUAGUAUGACAUACAGAAAGCAGAGAUAUUUUAAUGACCUGCCACAUCACAGAUUAUUCCUGGACAUCUUCACUGCCUUGAUCAAUAACAGGCUUGGUUGUAGGGACUGGCUGGAAAAUUCCUCUUCAGAUAAUGUUUUGAGAGUUCUGAACUGCCUGAGAUUGCUGAUCAGGGAUCCUCUUCACCAGAAAUUCUUCUUUGAGCUUCAAGGUGCCAGUCAACUCGCAAAGCACAUGGAGUCGGUUGCAACUGUAUAUCUCGAAUGCGGAGAACAGACGCUGGAAAUCGAGCAGCUGGUAGCAAUAACAUAUAUCUUACAGAAGUUAUCUACUGUUGAGGAGCAAAGACAGUGGAUUAUUAAUUGUGAAGCACAUAAGACGCUCGUGAAGCUGCUCUCAACACGGAACUGUAGUGUUGUAUUAGGAGCUCUUCUGGCUCUUACCACACUUGCUGAAAGUCAAGAAUGCAAAGAGAAGAUCGGCGAGCUUUCAGUUGUGGAGCAUCUUCUAGAUGUAUUGCAAGAUUAUGACUUGCUAUCGAAAAGGCUGAGCGCGGAGCUGCUGAGGUUACUGUGCUCGGUGCAGUGUGUGCGGGAUCAGCUGCGUCAGUGUGAUGGUGUGCCGGUUCUGCUCAGUCUCCUGCACUCUGAGCACCUGAAGCUACUGUGGAGCACCGUUUGGGUUCUGGUUCAGCUCUGUCAGGAUCCCGACACCAGUGCUGAGGUCCGGGCCUGGGGCGGCGUGCAGCAACUACUGCGCAUCUUACAUGGAGAACGAGUGUUGGUGUCCGACCGCUCCACCAUUGAUACAAUUUCCAGCGCCAAUGCAGCAGGUAGAAUCCACAGUCAGCAGGUGUCAGCGGUGGUGAGCGCUCAUGAAACAGCAGAGAACACCAUCAGUCUGCAGUCAGCAUGCUGUGCAGCGAUAACCGAGCUUGUAUUGGAUGAUACCACCGCGCAUAAUGUGGUGCAGGAGAACGGUGUGUAUAUUAUCGCCAAAUUGAUUUUGCCGCAGAAUGUUAAAGAACCUCAGGCAAAAUCUCUACAGUGUUAUGCUUUCAGAGCACUGAGAUUCCUCUUUAGUAUGGAGCGCAAUAGACAUCACUUUAAAAGACUCUUUUCUCCAGAUUUGUUUGAGGUGUUUAUCGAUGUUGGUCACUACGUACGAGACAUUACUGCUUAUGAACCGCUGCAAGAGAAAAUCAUGCUUUUAUCUCCAGAAGAGUUGGAUAUUCUUAGGGAAAGCAUUGAGAUGGUAAACCAGAACCGUCCUCCUAUAAGAGUGGUCAAUGGUUAUGCGGUUUUGGAGCAUUUGGGCAGCGGAGCCUUUGGCAGCGUCUUUAAGGUCCGUAAGCUAAGCGGACAGAACAUUCUGGCACUGAAAGAGGUCAACUUUCACAAUCCGGCCUUUGGCAAAGACAAGAGAUCCAGAGACAGCAGUGUUGAGAAGAUCGUGUCUGAAAUGACCAUCAUUAAAGAACAGAUGUCUCAUCCGAACAUUGUAAAAUACUUCAAAACAUUUUUAGAAGCUGAUAAACUCUACAUUGUAAUGGAGCUCAUCGAGGGAGCUCCUCUGGCUGAGCAUUUCAGCUCUCUGAAAGAGAAAAAGCAGACGUUCACAGAGGAGAGAGUCUGGAACAUCUUUAUACAGAUCUGUCUGGCUUUGAGAUACUUGCACAAGGAGAAGCGGAUCAUCCACAGAGAUCUCACACCCAAUAAUAUCAUGCUCGGAGAGAGAGAUAAAGUCACCAUUACUGACUUUGGUCUUGCUAAACAGAAACAGGAGAACAGUAAGCUGACAUCAGUGGUGGGGACGAUACUGUACUGCUGUCCAGAGAUUGUGAAGAACGAGCCGUACGGUGAGAAGGCAGAUGUUUGGGCCGCCGGCUGUAUCCUCUAUCAGACAGUCACUCUCAACCCUCCGUUCUACAGCGCUAACAUGCUCUCGCUCGCUACUAAGAUUGUGGAAGCCGUUUACGAGCCACUAGAAGACAAAUCCUUCUCUGAAAGAGUGACCGACAUGAUUAAAUGGUGUUUGACUCCAAAUGCAGACAUCCGUCCGGACAUCAUCGAGGUCAGUUCCAGAAUCUCUGAUAUCAUGAUGAGGUUUGUUGACAGUCUCUGUGUAUCCCAUAAUGCACUGGAGAGAAGGGCGGAGCGAGACAGGAAGAGAGCGCAGAAGUACUUCCUGGAGAGCAACAGGACUAGAAUGUGUGGGCCGACACAACAGGGAUUAAGCUUAAAAAAUCAAGACGGAUCACAGUCUGAGAGUUUUGAAACGUCCCCAUCUGUUUUAGCUGUUGGAAGAGAACAUAAGCAAAGUCAAGGAUCCCAGUGUGGUGUGACGGGUGCUGAUGAACUGAACAUGUCCAGAGGAGAUUUUCAAAAGCCAAAAGCACGCCCUGCGUCUGCAGGAAUUUGUUUAUCUCAGAGAAAAGUUCGACAAAUUGAUGAUCCCAACCAAAGGCUUCUUGAGCUCCUGCACAAGAUUAUAUUCAUCACUCAGCUCCCUCCAGCACCACAAAACAGCUUCAAGCAGCGGGCAAUUGAACGCUUUAAGAAACCUCUGUUCACAUAUGGAAGUGAUGCAUACAAUCUCAAAGUGGAGCUCAAUAAGGUUCUUCAAGGCAGUCAGGAGCUGGUAGAGAUGUCUUCAGCCAGCAGAGAGUGGUGGUCCAUGAUUCAGUCUCUGAGCUCAGACCCUUCAAACGCAGAAAAUCGGGAAUCAAGUUACUCCAGUCUUCAAGACGGCCUCACAUAUGAAGAUAUACAGAGUAUGGUGGAGGAUGUGCUGGAGGAGAACGGAUAUUACAGCAGAAGUGAUCUGGAUUCAGGAGCAGGAGCGAGACGAAUUCAAACCCCCUGAUCGACCAACCGACAGUGAUUGAUUGAUUGACAGCUGUCAUGUCUGGAGACACGUCCGUCUGAUGAUGGCAUCAACCUUUCAGGUCACACCUGACACAUGCAGAGACAUAAUGAAUCAUAAACUGAUUAUGUUCAUCUGAAGAACAUAUGCUGAUGCUGGGAAAUGUAUCAACCCGAUGUUAGACUGCAGUAACAGACAGUGCUCACAUACAGUAGAUGAUUGACCUCAUCUGAAUUUGGCCACUUUCUGUUUAUUCACACUUUCACAUUCAAUACUUUUUAUAUAGUGCUGGGCAAAGAUUGAUCGUGAGUAAAUGCAUCCAAAAUAAAAGGUUGUUUUGACAUGUGUGUGUGUAUAUAUGGAUAAUGAAAUAAUAGAUACAUAGAUAUAAUCUGUAU